GUUUUGGCAUCGGAUCGUCCUUUAUAAACACAUCGCUGACCACUAAACGCAGAACUGUAUCAGCGUUCGGAAACGAAUCACAAAGCCUUCAAUAUGCAGUCUCGCGCUAUUGCUUUGCUCGUCUUCGCCAUUCUAGCCGUAGCCAUGGCAGCACCAGCGCCAGGUGGAUUUGGCGGUGGCCAUGAACAUCACGUCAUCCAUGUACCAUAUCACGUGCACACGGUACAUCAUCAUCACGUGAAGAAGAUAGCCUACCCUGUUCAUCACGUAGAGAAGGUCGCUGUACCUGUACCGAUUCCAGUACACCAUGUUGAGAAAGUUCCAGUACCUGUACCUUAUCCUGUUCAUCAUUACGAAAAGGUUCACGUGCCUGUUCAUAUUGAGGAGAAGCCAUGGUGGUAGAGAUGACAGUGUACUCUAAUUAAAAAUAAAUGUAUACAUACUCGGUCGUUCAUCAUCUUCUAGAUUAGCCAGGAUGACGAUUUUGCUUAAGUACCAGCUAAAUCCUUGGAGCCUCAAAAUAAUCCAAGUCGUCGAUUGCACAAAUAUUCUUCCUCGGUCAGGGGAUAGAUGUAUAAUUUAACGAAAUCAAACACCCGGUACAAGGUGGUUCGAUACUAUCCAAAAAAGUUAUAAUAGAUGAAACGGACGUAGUAGAUGUACGUUUUAAUGUAUAGAAAUGUUGUAUAUAA